ACCGCUCCCUCACUGACGUGACAAUCCCAGACAAAGACUAGAGGAUCUUUGAUCCCAGACGCGAACCAAAUGAGGCGGUGCCCGUAACGGGCCCGGUCAGGUGAUUGGGCUCAAUAAAGGCGAGAGGCUGGUUAUGCGCUGCUUACUCUGCUGUCACAAGACAUUAACAAUGAAUCUUCUGACUGCUGCAAAUGUCAAGUUUGCUGUUGAUCUCUUCAAAGAGUUGGAUAAAGAUGACAAAGUGGGCAAUAUCUUUGUAUCCCCCUUUAGUAUAUCAGCUGCUCUGGCCAUGGUGUAUCUUGGUGCUAAAGGAAAUACAGCAACUCAGAUUGCCAAGGUGCUUGGUUUUGAUGGAGUCAAAGACAUCCAUGCUGAAUAUCAGAAACUUCAAACGGAAUUAAUCAACCCUAAGGCAGAGCAUGUGUUGAAGCUCGCCAAUCGCCUCUAUGGGGAGCAGACCUACAACUUCCUUGCAGAUUUUCUUGCUGCCACACUGAAAUACUAUCAGGCACAGCUGGUUUCAGUUGACUUUGCUAAUGCAUCAGAAAAAGUCAGACCAGAAAUCAACAACUGGACAGAAGAGCAAACUGCAGGCAAGAUCAAGAAUUUACUAGCUGAAGGAACUGUUGAUGGAAUGACAAAACUUGUUCUUGUAAAUGCCAUAUAUUUUAAGGGAAACUGGAACAAGAAAUUUGAGAGUGAAAAUACAGAAGGGGGCCAAUUCCGAAUAAACCAGCAUGACACAAAACCUGUUCAAAUGAUGCAGCAGAAAAGCAAAUUUCCAUUCAAUUAUAUCCAGGAACUUUCAACCCAGGUCCUCGAGCUCCCCUAUGUGGGCAGUGAGCUCAGUAUGGUCAUCCUGUUACCGGAUAUAAAUGAGGAUUUCAGUCAGCUCGAUAAACUUCAGAACCAUAUCACUUUUGAUCAUCUGAUGGAUUGGACCAACCCAGACACGAUGAAGCAGGAGGAGGUUGAAAUUGUGUUGCCAAAAUUCAAGCUGGAAGAGAAAUAUGAUCUUGAAUUGCUCCUCUCCCGAAUGGGGAUGGUGGAUGCGUUUAGCAGCAUGCAAGCCAACUUCUCAGGAAUGACUAGUAGAAACGAUUUAUUUUUGUCAAAAGUUGUCCAUAAAUCCUUUGUGGAAGUCAAUGAGGAAGGCACAGAAGCAGCUGCUGCAACAGCUGGAAUUAUGAUGAUGCGAUGUGCAAUGAUAAGUAACAGGUUUGUGGCUGAUCAUCCAUUCCUGUUCUUCAUCCGGCACAACAAAACGCGCAACAUAUUAUUCUUUGGAAGGUUCUCCUCUCCUUAAAACACAGUGCUAUUUGGCUGCAGCAUUUCAACCCAUAUCUUUCUUUUCCUCUUGACCCACUCUACAUUGCCAAUCAGAUUGGUUGCCUGAUGUCAACAUAAGUAGUCUUCAAGGAGGAGCAAAUAACAUUUUAGCAAACUGAGGAAUUCUGCUAUGAUAAAUUUUUAUGAUGGCCAGAGAUUAAGUGGAAAAACUUCAGCUUGAAAUUUGCUUCUAAUUGUUAUGGGAUGCUGAGUGAAUUUGGAUAGUUAUCAAAUGCUUCAAAAAUAUGCCUUGUCAUUACUCACAUUCUUGUUAAAUGAGGUGCACUAUCUGGCUUAAUACUCCACCUCCCCCACCGCCUAAUUCAACAUGCAACAUUAAUAAAUAUUAUCUGCAGGGCAGUGAAAUGUUGCAUUGCACAAUUACUGAAAAACACACAUCAAAUUUUGAACAGCUUGUAUAACUUCCUAACUUUGUCCAGAAUUAUUUCCUUUGGCCACCUUGGCCCCAUGGCACCACAGCUCCUUGGUCUGUUUACAGUUCAAUUUAUGUUGGUGUUCUGAGUUAACGUUGCUUAUCUGGGUUAAUGUUCCAGGUUCACCAUGCUACAUAAGAAAUAAUUUGACAUGCAGUGGAAUGUAUUAAUUGAGAAUUUAUUGCAAGGAAUAUGGAAAGGCUUAAAAUGAAUACUCAAAAUAUAUGUUUUCAUAUUCAAGACUGAGAUAAAGCAUAAUAAUGUGUUUAAUGUUUUAUCUACUAAAAUAAAAAUGCUUACAUUGAGCUCCA